AUGUGAAGUGGGCAGUUGUUAGAUUUCAUGUUUUAAUUUUUAAUUAAUUUCACCUAUUUAUUGCUGCAUUUAAUAUGGGUUUGUGGUUCUGGUUCAUGGGUUUUUGAUGAAUUGGUGAAUGGAUUACUUGAAAUCUUCUGUUGAGAUUGUAUUUUGAUUGUACACACCUUAGUAGUUGAUGGCUUCACCAGAUAUUUCUUCUCCAUGGAUUUCAUACUCUGGUGAAUCCUUUUGUGGGUCGUUCGAUACACACAUGGAGGAGGGGAAUACAGCCAAAGUUUUACAUGUGCUGGAAGCUCCUACCUCCUCUGUUUCUUAUAACUGUAGUACUCCUAAACCACCUCCGCUCCCUGAUAAAGCUUGUACAAAAACAAAAUAUCCCAAGAGACUUGUAGAUUGUAGCUUGGUCCCAAAGGAAACAAAAAAUAUAUGGGAUAAUCUUUUUAAGGAAGGCUAUGGGGCAGAUGUUUAUAUUAUUACAGAGGAUAAAUCAUGUAUUCCAGCUCAUUCGAGUGUUCUGAGCAUUGCCUCACCAGUGCUAGGAAAUAUUCUGCAACUGGCAAAAGUAAGAAAUGGUAUAAGAUGUAUUAAAAUUCCUGGUAUACCUAAUGAAGCAGUCUAUGCAUUCAUUCGUUUUCUCUAUUCAUCAAGCUAUGAAGAGGAUGAGUUGAAGAAGUUUGUUCUCCCUUUGUUGGUUUUAUCUCACUGCUACUUGGUUCCACAACUGAAAAGAGUUUGUGUAUACAUUCUGGAGCAUGGCUGGCUAACUAAAGAAAAUGUUAUAGAUGUGCUUCAGUUGGCAAGGAGUUGUGAUGCACCAAGGCUCUUCUUCAUAUGUGUUCGCAUGGUUCUAGAGAUGAACAAUUCCGAACUUCUUGUUCUAUUAGAGUCUCCGGAAUUAUUAGCUUCAAAAGUUGAAAGAAGUUGUUCGAGUCUUAGAACAAAAUUUUUAGCUUCACAAGUGGCAAGUAGAAGAAGCUCUUCUAGUCAUGGAAGAAGAUGGCACUUCAUAAUUUCUAAUUCAACAAAUAACACUUAA